AUGGCGAACUAUGACAAUGACGAUCUUGCUGACUAUGACGUAUCAGAUGAAGAAUUCAACGAAGACAACUUGAACGACGAGGAUUACGAUAAGUUAUACCGAAUGUUGCCAUCGUUGAAAUCAUCAUUGUCUUCAUACAACAACGAGAUCCCCGAGUCUGAGUUGAAAGAAACUUUCCCUUCAAAUCCUAAGUCUGGGUCUUCUGGAUCUUCCAAAUUGGUGGCGUUGGCUCAACUAAGGCCGCUGCAUCCAAAUACCAAUGCUUCUCCUGGUGCGGUACAAACAGCAAGUUCACGAUCUCUGUCAUCGUUGUCCAAAUUAAUGCUUGCAAGGAAAAAUGGUUCACAAAUGUCGUCCUCUUUUCCAGCUUCUAUUCCUUCAGGUGUUGGUGUUGGUGUCCGUCUGGGUCUGGAACCAGGUAGUAAAUCCGCUGACAUUCUACUGAAGUUGAGAAGUAAAAAGGCAACAGGUACACCACAAAAUGAUGGUAUUUCUACUAAACCAAAGCUUGUGCUAGGAAAAGGAGUGUCUCUGGGGAAAUUCACUUUAAAGAAACCACAGGUUAAGCCUGUGCUAACUCAUGAGUCAGAUAUCGAGUCUCUGACGGAAAAGUGUACCAAAUCAUCAUCAGUUAGCGUACUAUCACCACCAGAAUUAACAAGAAUACAAAGUCCCUGGAAUGAAAUUAAAACUAAGAUCCAUCUGGAUGGUUCUAAAUUACUAUUGACAACCAAUUCAAUUAUCCCUAUCGCACCAUUAAUUUCAAGAAAGAGAAAAUCCUUAUCUCAAAUGGAGAGAGAAUCACAGCUUAAACGGCAUUUUUCUCAACUAUUGUAUCCACUUACUAACCUUGAAAUCAAUGUAGAAACUAUCGCCAAAGCUAAAACUAACUUUAGCAGACCAAGUCCUGAUGAUAAGAUCUUACAGGCUCAAAAUGAUGUUUUUAACAAAGAUAUGAAGAAUUUAAAGAUAUCAAAACCAGUAGAAGCUGCUGCUACUGCUGCUGCUGGAACUAAGGACAAGCAUCCACCUAAGCCAACAAAACCUUUUAAAAAGAUUGAUCUUGUGAGCGAAUUGAGUUCAAAUAAGAAAUUGACCAAACCUCAUAAAUCAUUUGUGGUCAUUGGGCAUAUAGAUGCUGGUAAGUCGACACUAAUGGGUAGACUUUUGUUUGAUCUUGGAGUAGUUGAUGCAAAGACAGUUAACAAGUUAGUGAGAGAAGCCGAAAAGAGUGGGAAGGGAUCCUUUGCUCUUGCAUGGAUUAUGGAUCAAACAAGUGAAGAAAGAUCUAGAGGAGUGACUGUUGAUAUUUGUGCUACUAGUUUUGAUACUACGACUACCAGAUUUACGGCUAUAGAUGCACCUGGCCAUAAGGAUUUUGUUCCACAAAUGAUUAGUGGGGUUUCCCAAGCUGAUUUGGCUCUUCUUGUUAUAGAUUCAAUCAACGGGGAGUUUGAAGCAGGGUUUUUCAUGGAUGGGCAAACAAAAGAACACACUUUAUUGGCCAGAUCGUUGGGUAUUGAAAAGAUAUGUGUGGUUGUGAAUAAGAUGGACAAAGAGAAUUGGUCCCAGGAUAGAUUUGAAGAGAUCAAGACUCAACUAUUAGACUUUUUAACUGGCAGUGAAGUUGGAUUUUCAUCAGAACAAGUAGAUUUCGUUCCAAUUUCUGGAUUAACUGGUGUUAAUGUGGUUAAGAAUGACCACGCGGUGAAAGCCUUUGAUUGGUACCAAGGUCCAACGUUAGUUAAUUACUUGGAAUCUGUGGGAUUAACUUCUGUUGCCAUCGAUAAGGAUACCAUUAGUAAAUUGUCGGAGGAAGAUUUCAAUUUGGCUAUAAAUGAUAUAUUUGAAGUAUCCAGUAGUGAGUUUGGUGUCACAGGCAAGGUCAGUCGAGGUUUGAUUCAAACAGGAGAGACUGUCAUGGUGUCCCCCACCAAGGACUACUUGCAGAUUCAGAAGAUGUUAAUUGAUAAUGAACCAGUGGAUGUGGCCAUUAGUGGAGAGAUUGCUACUAUGCAUUUCAAGUUGAAUCAGUUGGCAAAUAAAUCCAUUGAUGAGUUGGUAGUGGGAGAUUUGAUUUCCAAAGUUGAUAGUCCGAUUUCUUCGGUAAAGAAGUUCACCUGUGACGUUGACUUAUUCAACAUGAGUAAACCACUUUUGGUGGGAACUCCGUUUGUUCUCUUCCGGAACAAUCGUCAAGUUCCUGCGAGGAUCUCGGAGAUCAUUGAGAUUAAAGGGUCCAAGAAAAAGAAGAAGCAUCUUGUUUCGAAACAACAAGCUUUAGUUGUGAUUGAAGUUAAUGAUGAUAGACUACUUCCGAUCACCAAGUACUCAGACAACAAGGUAUUGGGUCGUAUUGUUAUUAGAAGAGAAGGUUCUACAAUUGGGGCAGGCCUAGUCACAGAAAUAUGA